AUGCCAAGUGAAAUUGGAAUUUCAGAAAUUAAGAACAUAUAUACAGCGGGUCCCAGCAGCUCGGGCGGCGGGAGGAGUGGCAGCGGCCAGACAGCCCAGCUCCGCGAAGGCUCUCGGCGCGCCGCGGCCCGCAGGCACCCGGCACACGCCCGCCCCGCCGCCACGGUGCCCAAGAGGAAGGUCAGCUCCGCCGAGGGGGCGGCGAAGGGGGAGCCCAAGAGGAGAUCGGCGAGGUUGUCAGCUAAACCGGCUCCCACAAAAGUGGAGACGAAGACAAAAAAGGCGGCGGGAAAGGAUAAAUCUUCAGACAAAAAAGUGCAAACAAAAGGGAAAAGGGGAGCAAAGGGAAAACAGGCCGAAGUGGCUAACCAAGAGACUAAAGAAGACUUACCUACAGAAAACGGAGAAACUAAAAACGAGGAGAGCCCAGCCUCUGAUGAAGCAGGAGAGAAAGAAGCCAAGUCGGAUUAAAAUCACACACCUGGUCCUCAGUGGUCCCUGUCUCCCUUCUUGUACAAUCCAGAGGAAUAUUUUUAUCAACUAUUUUGUAAAUGCAAGUUUUUUAGUAGUUCUAGAAACAUUUUUAAAAAUAAGGAGGGAAUCCCACCUCAUCCCAUUUUUUAAGUGUAAAUGCUUUUUUUUAAGAGGUGAAAUCAUUUGCUGGUUGUUUAUUUUUUGGUACAACCAGAAGAUAGUGGGAUAUUGAAUAUGGGAGGCUUUGAUUGUCUUGGGUGUCAGCUUAACAUUCCAUAGAUGGGGGGUAGCUUUUAUAUCCUAUAAUACAAAGCAUACUAAAUGGCAGUUUGGAGUCAGUUGUGCAUUUAAUGUCUUGAACACUUUAAAUUGCUCCUCUGUUUUUGGUAGAAUUGUUUCCUAAAGCAAAUUACUCACUCCUUGAUCUCGGCUCUCCUGGUCAGAAUUUUGUGCACCCUGUAACAUCUUUCGUUGUGGUAGUCCAGUUC